ACGCCAGCUCGUUCACUUAGUGAAGAGCAGCAUGUGGUGGUGGCUGCUCCUCGUAGUCACUUUGGUGACGGCCGAAGUCGAUGCCAAACGACCUUCAACAACGACCACAAACCAAGAACCCGUCAUCGAAGAGGUCACUGCCAAGCAACUAGAACGAAUCCUAUCCGAUAAGGACUACGUCGCCGUCUUCUGGUAUGCGCGGAGCUGCACCACAUGCGACAAAGUACUCCAGGAGCUAGAACAAAUCGACGACGACACCGACUCAUUUGGAGUAGAUUUUGUCAAAAUCAACGACAAACGACUGGCCAAACAAUAUGGCAUCACCAAGUUUCCUGCUCUCACCUACUUUAGGGAAAAAGAACCGAUCAUCUACGAAGGUGACUUGAUGGAUGAAGAACAAGUCCUAGAUUUCCUUACCAGCUUAGAAGCAAUGGACCUACCCGAUCGAAUUGAAGAAGUCAAUGCCAGAAUUUUGGAUAAAAUUGUAGAAGACACUGACUUCGUUGCUGUUUUGUUUUGUCCAGAUGCAGACAAAUGCGAAAAACUGGCAAGCAAUAAACCCGAGUGUAAAAAGUGUUCCAAGGUAUUACAGGAGCUUGAGAAUAUCGACGACGAAGCAGAUCAAUUGGGUAUCGGAUUUGUUAAGAUCAAUGAUGAAAGCUUGGCCGAAGAAUAUAACUUGGGUACGCUUCCUGCUCUUGUGUAUUACAGACAUCAAAUUCCAAUUAUCUAUGAAGGUGAACUAACUAGAGAAGAUGACGUAUUGGAAUGGUUAGUGCAGCAUAAAAGUACAGGGGAUGAAGAUGAUACCAUCGAAGAUGUGACUCUAAAAACCCUUUCUACUCUUAUAUCUAGUGUGGAUCACUUAGCUGUACUUUUUUAUGACCAUGGAUCGGAAGAAUCUACCAAAGUCCUCGACGACCUGGAGCAUAUCGACGAUGAUUGUGACAAAUACGGCAUCCAGUUUGUCAAAAUAGACGACACUAACGCAGUCAAAGAAUACGGAUUGGACUCAUUGCCUACACUUGUAUACUUCGAAAAGGGAAUUCCCAACAUAUACGACGGAGAUCUGGAAGAGGAGACCGAAAUUCUGGAAUGGUUGGUUGAACAGCUGGAGAAAGACGAAAUUGAGGACGUCACGGAUGAGAUGUUAGAUAAGUUGAUACACGAGAGCAAAUUUUUGGCUGUACUAUUUUAUGAUGACGACGACAAAAAAUCACAAAAAGUCCUCAACGAACUUGAAAACAUCGACGACGAAUGCGACCAGCUUGGCAUCGUUUUCGUGAAAAUUGACAACGAUGACGAAGCUAAGGAAUACGGUAUCGAAAAGAUACCAGCUCUCGUUUACUUCGAACAGGGAAUUCCCACGAUUUACGAAGGAAAUCUCGAAGAUGAAGAGAAAGUUCUUAAAUGGUUGGAGCACCAGGUUAAACAUGACGAAAUUGAGGAUGUUACGGACGAAAUGCUAGAUCUGUUGAUCAAGAGAAAGACACAUGUAGCCGUUUUGUUCUAUGACAAAAACCAAAAGAAAAGCCAGAAAGUCCUAGCAGAAUUGGAAAAUAUCGACGACGAAUGCGAUACCAACAAUAUAGCAUUUGUCAAAAUCGACAAUCCAGAUGAGGCCAAAGAAUAUGGUAUCGACACGAUUCCCAGUUUGGUUCUUUUCGAAAAGCGCAUUCCCCAUUUGUACGAAGGUGACUUGACCAAAGAAGAAGAGCUGUUGGGUUGGUUAUUGCACCAGAAAAGGCACAGCGAAAUUCCAGAUGUCACUGAUGAAAUGAUGGAGCUGCUAAUCAACUCUGAGAAAUACCUAGCUGUACUAUUCUAUGACAAAGACGACAAACAAGACAUCAGAGUAUUGAAUGAGCUAGAAAAUAUCGAUGACGAUCUGGAAAAAGAAGGCAUUACGAUGAUCAGAAUCGAUAAUGAUGCAGAAGCCAAGGAAUUCGGUAUAGAUCACUUGCCAACUUUGAUCUACUUCGAAGAUAAAAUCCCUUCUUUAUAUGAAGGUGAUCUAAUGAAUGAAGAUGAGGUAUUAAAAUGGUUAAUUGAACAAAAGCAAACAGCAACUAUAGAGGAAGUCACUGAUGAGAUUCUUGAGGAUCUGAUCCAGGAACAUGAGUACGUAGUUGUUUACUUCAGUGGAAAUUGUGAAGAAGGUCAAGAAUGUGAUAAUAUCUUGAAAGAACUAGAAAACAUCGAUGAUGAGUUGGACGAAACUGGUAUCAUAUUCGUCACUACGGAAGACUUGGUGAUUGCCAAAAAAUACAACAUCAAAACGUAUCCUAAGUUAGUAUUCUUCAGAAACAAAGAACCUUUGGUGUACACCGGUGACAUUGAAGAUGAAGAUGAAGUUCUUGCUUGGUUAACUGAUGAGGAUACUUUGGAAAUACCGGAUAGAAUUGAAGAAGUGAACUCCAAGAUGUUGGAUAAAAUCCUUGGGGAAAAUGAACAUGUAGUAGUUUACUUUUAUAAAGAAGGCGACAAGAGAUCCCAAAAGAUUCUGCAAGAGCUAGAAAACAUCGACGACGAAUGUGAGGACAAAGACAUAGAUUUCGUGAAAAUCUCAGACGAUGGCAUCCAGAAGGAAUAUGAUCUCCCAUCUCUACCAGCUGUUGUGUUCUAUAGAAAUAGAUUUAGAGAAAUUUACACGGGUGACUUGAUGCACGAAGAAGCCAUUUUGGAUUGGGUAUUGAACCUGAGAGACUCUGAUCCGGACGUUAUCGAAAAUGUGGACAGAAAAACUUUACAGGUACUCAUAAACGACGUUGAACAUCUAGCUGUCUUAUUCUAUAGCGACGACUGCGAGGACUGCAAACAAAUCUUAGAAGAACUCGAAACCAUCGACGAUGACACUGAUAAACACAACAUACAAUUUGUCAAAUCCAUGGAUGCCAAAUUGGCAUCCGAAAUCGGCAUUUUCAGUUUUCCUGCUUUGGUUUACUAUGAAACUGGGGUUCCGAUCAUGUAUGACGGAGACCUACUAGACGAAACUGAAGUUUUGGAGUGGAUGAUGGACCAAAAAAACGACCAAAGCAUCGAAGAAAUCAAUAGGGAAAAGCUAUACCAUUACAUAGACACAAAAGAGUUCUUGGCUGUUGUGUUCUACAAAGAAGAAGAUCCAGACAGUCCUAGAAUCCUACGACACAUUGAACUUAUCGACGACGAAGCUUCCGAAUAUGGCAUAAAGAUUGUCAAAAUGAAAGACAGGCUUAUGGCUAAAAAAUAUGGCUUUAGAGACCCGCCAGGGAUAACUUACUUCAGGAAAAGUAAGCCAAUCAAUUAUGAUGGUGAUAUCGACGACGAGGAAGAAAUACUGGAUUGGUUGAGUGAUCCUGAAAAUAUGGAACUCACUGACCAUAUCGAGAGAGUUAACAGAAAGAUGUUCGAUAAAAUUAGACAGAGAUCCGACUAUGUAGCGGUAUUUUUAUACAGCAGCGACUGCAAACAAUGCCCCAGAGUCCUAACAGAAGUCGAGCACAUCGACGACGAAGCAGACAGCGCAGGCAUCAACUUCGUCAAAAUAGAAGACAAGCACAUGGCUAAAGAGCUAGGCGUUUUUGCCCUUCCAGCCAUUCUGUUCUUCAAAUUAGGCUCUAAGGAACCGGUGAUAUACGCUGGCGAUUUGUUUGACGAGCAGCAGAUCUUGCAGUGGCUGUUGACGCAGAAGGAUCCCUCUGGGGAUGUUAUUGAGGCCUACGAUGGGAGUGAACUGCUGUUGUUGAUUGAUAAUGAAGAAGCCCUGGCGAUUUAUUUUUGGAACAAGACUUUGUGCGAUAUAUGCGGUGAAGCGGCAGCCCAGCGAACCAAGAAGAAGAAAAAUGUUUCUGAAGAUCAAGCCGAGCGUAAUGAUGAUGACAGCGACGACUGCGAACAAUGCUUCAAGAUUUUGGAGGAAUUGGAGAAUAUUGAUGACGAUUGUGAACGACAUGGUAUAAAGUUCGUCAAGACUCAGGAUCUGAGGAUAGCGGAGCAGUAUGGCGCUACUGAUUAUCCCGUUUUAAUGUACUUUGAGAAUGGAGUUGGAGGAGUUUUUGAAGGUGAUAUUGAGGAGGAAGAAGAAGUCCUUCAAUGGCUAAUUCAACAAAGAACAGAAGACAGAAUUGAGCUCAUUACCCGAAUAAUGUUGGAAAAGAUGGUCGAAGAAACCCAGUACUUAGCUGUGUACUUCUACAAACAAAAUUGCCACAUUUGCGAAGAAAUCCUGGAAGAACUAGAACAGAUUGAUGAUGAAUGUGAUGUCUACGGUAUCCACAUGGUCAGAAUCCAGGAUCCGCAACUGGCAAAGAGGUACAGUAUCAAGACCUUUCCUGCCUUGGUGUACUUCAGAAAUGGAAACCCAUUGCUCUUUGAAGGAGAUCUUCAGAAUGAACAGUCUGUUUUGGAAUGGUUAACGGAUGAUGAUAAUAGGGAGCUAGAGGAUCAGAUUGAGUCAGUAAACGAAAAGAUGUUAGUUCGACUGUUGAACUCUUCUCCAUUUUUGGCUGUCUUCUUCUAUGAUGAAGACUGUCCAGAAUGCGACAUGAUACUCGAAAAUCUUGAAGAAAUCGACAACGAAGCCGACCUUUUUGGUAUCGACUUCGUUAAAAUCUGCAGCGCUCAAGCAGCUGCAGACCAAGGCUUGCACACGCUUCCCGCUCUAAUGUAUUUCCGAAAAAAGAAGCCCAUGGUGUACGACGGUGACUUGAGUCAAUCCGACCGGGUGCUGGAAUGGUUGACCUCGCAGGAUGUCUUCGAAAUUAAGAAUGAGAUUGAAGAAGUGAAUAAGAAGAUGUUGGAGAAGUUGUUGGAGGAGAAUGAAUACGUCACAGUGUUUUUCUAUGAAAUAGGUUCUGACGACAGCAAAUCCAUACUAGAAAAGCUGGAAAACAUCGACAGCGAGACCGACAACUUCGACAUAACCUUCGUCAAGAUGGCUGACGCCCGCUACGCCAGAAAAUGGGGCGUGACGCACCUGCCCGCCAUCGUAUACUUCCGCCGCCGUUUCCCAAGCAUAUACAGGGGCGAUCUACAUUCCGAAGCCGACGUUCUGGAGUGGCUGCGCAAGAACCGCUUCCGUCAACCCGAGCUGAACCUCUUCAUGUACGCCCUUAUGGCCAUCAUAGUGGCCUUCUUGAUAUACACGGCGUUCUUGCUGCAAUGCUUUAAGACGCCUACCACCACCGCAGUGGUGGCACAUACGAAGCAAAGUUAACUCGUUCGAAUCUGACGUUUCAAUUUUUGAAUCUGAGUUACUUUUUUGAAAAGUAGGUAUGGACAUGAGUGCUGCUCAAAGCAGAGUAUAAGAACAGUGAAGGAAACGUUAUGUUAAUACUCUUAUAUCAGUACUGAUGGAUAUGUACAAAUUACUACAUUUCAGCUACUCCAUUUUAGUUAAACGAAAACCUAAAUAUAAUUAGAUAUGAGUGGUAAUCGUCUCUUGAAAACGUCUUCUUUGAUUCAACAGCUUCAACCAAACCUUUAAAAAAUCUAUAGUAUCAUCAUUCAACAGCUGUAAAUGUGAGCUCUUUAUUCCUGCUCCUACUUUUAUUCUUUUUAAUUUUGUUUUUGCUUUGAACUUUUUUAGAUACGAAAUAUUCUUUUGUACAUAUACUCCAAAUGUCACCAUUUACUCAAUUUGUUGUUGUUAUUGUUUUUUGUACAAACAGAUUUGUUACCUUUUGGCAGAAAUAGCUGAUACUCGGCCAUCUUUGUAUAAUUUAUUUUCUUUUGUGUAUUUAGUAGAGAAGCUAAUAGUCUCCAUUAAAGAUUCUGUAAUGCUCUUAUAGCUUCAGUUAGAUAGUUUCCAGAAUAAGUUGGAUUUGUUGCUCGAUAUUUUCUUUCAAACGAUUUUGUCCUAUCCUGCUAUGCCCCACUCCCCCCACACUAUGCGCCCUCACCAAUACUUUACGAAUAAUAUAAUUUACUAUUUUUAACAUGUAUGUUAGUUUAUUGAUAAUUUAUUUGGUAAAAAGUUUAUCAAAAUAAAGUGAUGUGGGGCUGAAGAAUGUUAAAAACCAUCCAUCAGUACUGAUAAAAUUAUCACAGAAUAAAAUCGUUUAUUUCGUUAUUUUCAAAAUCAUAAUUAAUUAGUGGACUUAAGCGUACUUAAUUUUUUUUAUUUACAAUGUUGGUUAUUGUCUCCUGAGCGUAAAUAAGUACCUAAACCGAAGUGUUUAAGAUCUAGAGGUGUAUGAAUGUGUGGUAUCAUAUUCCAAUUAGUAUCAAAUGAGAUGUGAGUUACUUUGCUGCCAAUAAUUGCCCUGUGUUGAUCAUUAACCUGAUAUAAAUGAGGCAAAAUUAAUAGUAGAAUAAGAGUACAUAAAAAAAGUUCUUAAAGAAUGUUUGGUGCUAUGGUAGAUACUGUAAGUAAAAAAAAAGUCAAAACAGUAGUCUUCACACUGUUUUUCUUCCUAUUGGGGAACCUCUGGCCGUCUGUACUAGUCUAUAUGUUGUCAUUCGGCUUAUGUGGUUGUUCUGUUCCAUUCUACUCGUACUUACUUCUGUUUCUUACUCAGUUCUUAAUAUUAUCCACCUUGCAUCUUCGUCGUAUAUCUGUACUUCUAGCCCUGUUCCAUAGGGUCUUACCAUCGAUAUUUCGAAAGCUUUUCAUCUUUUCUGUUUCUAGCAUUCUUUCUAUCCUCUCUGUACGAGGUCGUGUUUCUGUCACUUAUGGCAUUAUUGACUUGAUGAUUGUUUUGUAAAUUCUGCCGUUUAUUACUUUCGCAAUAUUUUUAUUUCUCCAUAUUGUUUCAUUCAGGCCACCUGUGGCUCUGUUUGCUUUAUUCACUUGAUUUUGCACUUCUGUUUCAACUUUCCGUAGCUAGUUAGUUUGAUGCCUAGAUAUGUAAACCCCCUCACUUGUUCUGCUGUCUAACCCUCCAGCUCUAAUUAACAUCUAAGUAAAUUUGCUGCUAUAACGAAAGUUCUUCAAGCUUCUUCUAGAGCCAAUCCUCCUAUGUAUGUGGUUGAUCGCUUUAGCAAUGGGGUUAUUAUUCUACCAGAUCAUCCUUUAACCUAGUUUAUUGGUAAAAUAAAUAAUAAACCUACAUAUACGUGAUAAGAAAAUUCUACAUCUAAGAAGUCUUCUAUAUCGGUACUACCGAGCUAUUUUUGCACAAAGGACUUUAUAUAGACCUUUUAAAGAACGUACCAAACCAGGCUCGUAAGCUCUUCAUCCAAGAUGCUCUUCUGUCUGAGGCUACAUUGGCAAAAGUCUGGGAAAUGAUACUAAUACUCUAACUUUUCGGUUUAAACAUAUUUUUAGCUCAGUUUUUAAACAUUUUCCUUACUUGUUGUAGAUAAAUGUGAUAUUGAAUAUUGUAACUUUUUUUUAGUUAAGUGUUUAGUUAUUUCGCUGCCCUUCUUCGUGAUGGAUUUUCAAAUCCUUGACCAAUAAAUAACGUAAUCGUCAACAUUACGAAGUGUUCAUCGUUUUUAAAUAUAACUUUAUUGUUAACGUGUACAUAUUGUACGAUCAUUCCCGGAGAAUAAUUGAGAGAAGAAGAAAUCAAUUUUGAAGAUGUAUGUAGGUAAACACAGGAAUGUAAAUCUUCUUAAUAAAUAUAUAAAGGUUUUAA